ACUUCCUUUCUGCCUCAAGCCGCCAUCAUGGACGCCAGUCGCGUGCAACCCAUCAAGCUCGCUAGAGUCACCAAAGUUCUCGGAAGAACAGGCUCCCAGGGCCAGUGUACCCAGGUCAGAGUGGAGUUCAUGGAUGACAGCAACCGAUCAAUCAUCCGCAACGUGAAGGGCCCAGUUCGAGAGGGUGAUGUGCUGACCCUUCUAGAGUCUGAAAGAGAAGCCAGGAGGCUGCGCUAGAAAGCAAGCUCUACAGGGGGAAGAGAUGGAAAUAUGGUCUGCAGUGAAGACAAUUCUGCAGUGUUUCAAAAGCCAAUGUGUACAGUUUGACAAUAAAAAUGAUUGGAAAUGAGCUG